AUGAAACUGCCUUUCUACACACAUCUGCCCUUAAGGCUGUCUUGGCCUUUGGGAAUGAGUUCCGGUCAUCUACCUUCUUUCCUCACCAUUUGCGUGUGUUCUCAGGCCCUGGAGGAUACUUUGGGGAAGUUCACAUCUCGCAAGGCUUAUCAAUCACAAAUCCGAAACCCCACUCUGCGUAUCAUUGCCAAGAUCGUCUCGAACAUCCUCUUCGCAAAGGAACUCACCUCCAAGGUCACAAACGGCGAGCUGCAGGUUCUAUACACAGGGCUCGAGGAUGAAAUCCGUAGAGACAGAGUCAUACCGAUUCAGGCUGUGAAGACUAACCCUGGAUUCCUUCUCAUCUCGAUGCUCACUGAGCGCAAGGAUUCCUUGCUCCGAACAGAAGACAAGAAACACCGCUGCAGCAGUGUUCUCACACCCUUGUUUAAACACUUCAACAUCAACCUGGAUUCCUACACGGUUGUUCCUGAGCUUGAGCACAUCGACACCGCUUACUUGAUCACAUGCCACAUCCUGCGCGACGAGAGCACAUACAAGUUCGCAGACAAGGACGGGAACUCUCUCUACUGCAAGCUCCCUCUUCCUGGGUUAACAGACUUCACAACCUUGGAAAACAUAGUGUUCCUGCUAGACGCAGAACACUUGUGCGACGACCCAUGUAAGCCAGUUCCAGAACCGAAUGCGACCAGGGAUGAUGUGGAGGAUAUGGCUCCACCUGCUGAGGGUGCUUAUGACCUGGAGGACCUCACGGAUGUUACUGAUGAUCACGCCUACCGACGUUGGAUGGUGGACUCUCAGAAGAAAAACAACAGCCUCAUGAAGAGGAUCCUCAGAGCACUCACUGGAGGCUGCAUCGGAAGUCAGGAUGGACAGACGACGCAGGGAACAAGGCGCCCAGGCAAAGAACCAGCGGGCACUUCAACUGGAGAAGAGAGACUUCCGAGGAACAGGAGAACAGCCGGCCACUCCAGCAGUGGCUUUAUAUUUACAGGCUAUCCGGUUAUAGGAAGCCAAGACCGUAUGAUGUCGUCCGGUUCGUGUCUAGACAGCAUUCAGGAUGGAUUGAUCACGGCUUGUCCGUGGGACCCAAGCAUAAACGGAGAGUUUUUUCUUCAAACAACGUUAAGUAUUCCUCUCACACAUGUCAAAGAUUUCAUCAACGACAUCAAAGCAAUUGUGAAGAUCGAACCAAAAUCUCUCUGCGUCCUUGAAGGCAGCAACGGUAUUUUAAUGCGCUAUGUCACAUCCUCCCCUGCUUUUCUCGGGAAAGAGAAGAAAGCUUUAGACUUUGACCUAACUUACUACCGAAGCAAAGAUGAUCCCUUGACACCGCGUCUCUAUGAGGACUAUGUCGAAGAGAUCGAGCAAAUAGCCAUAUUAAAAUACGAGGCGUUACCACAUUGGGGGAAGAAUAGGAAUAUAGCAUUUGAUGGUGUCAUUAGAAAAUAUAAAAACGCAAAUGCGUUUUUGAAAGUAAAGGAGAGGUUGGAUCCGUUGGGGUUGUUUUCUACAGAGUGGACCGAUCAGAUUCUAGGGUUAAAAGGAAACGUAACGAUAGUGAAACAAGGAUGUGCUUUGGAAGGGUUGGGUAUUUGUUCGGAGGAUUCUCAUUGUGCUCCCAACAAAGGUUAUAUGUGUCAGCCAGGUAAAGUCUAUAGAGAAGCGAGGGUUUGUACUCGAGUAAGCGCUUGA